UUUCCAGCAGCAACUGGAACUGCGAAGUCUCAACUCUUGCUGGAAAUGCACAGAAUCCAACAGGAACUGCAGAUAUGUGCAAUAAAUUCAGACCAGUAAAGAGGGUUUCUCCAUUAAAGCACCAGCCAGAGAGCUCUGAGAAUAAUGAAAGUGAUGACUAAAAGAACCAGAAGGAAGAAUACCAGAAAGGUGGCGAUUCUCAGUCUGCAUCUCCGAAUGGUGACCAGAGCCCAGGAGAACAAUGCUUUAAAAGUAAAAACAUUGAGCACGCUGUUCUACUUGGGGAGCUAGAGCACUAUGACCUGGAUAUGGAUGAAAUUUUGGAUGUGCCUUUUAUUAAAUCAGGCCAGCAACUUGUUCCUUUUACAAAGGUAGCUCCUGAGAAAAAUCUUUUGGGUGUGUGUUCAACAGUGAAUGGUCUCAGUGGCAAGACCUGCUCUGCAGGGAGCACAGAGAACUUGGCUGCCAGCAUGACACAGUUCUGUGUUCUGGCCCCUGUGAAAGGUUCUCAGCUGAGAAAAAUGCAGCACAUUGUACUUGAUCAACGCAAGUGUUUAACACAAGAAUUAGAGCUUUCACAGCCCUUAAAGUGUAGCUCAGUCCAUAAAUCUGAAAACCAGGGCAAGGGCUUCCUCAGCAUGGCAUUUGUUGAUCCUCAGACUCGUAAAAAUGAGACGACUAUGCCAAACUUCCACCUGAGGACUUUUCACCUGCAGAUGACAGUGGCAGAAAGCAAGCAGGUUAAUGAACUGAAUAUGAACUGGAAUAGCUCAGGGAGGGCAGAAGAGAGGAAUGAAGAGUUGAAAAAAAUUAAGAGCAUCUUAAACAUUGUAAAGGAAGGCCAAAUAUCAUUACUGCCAUACUUAGCAGCAGAUAAUCUGGAUAAGAUACAUGAUGAAUGUGACAACAAUCUGUUGCAUGUAGCAGCAUCAAAGGCACAUGCAGAAUGCAUGCAGCAUCUCAAUUCUUUGAUGGGGGAAGACUGUUUGAAUGAACGAAACACUGAGCAGCUAACUCCAGCUGGGUUAGCAAUAAAG